AUGGGCCUUUACCCUCCGAUCGAAACCAACAUCCCGCGAGACUGGGAGCACGGGAAAGGACAGUCGGUGGCGAGACGGAACUCAUCCCGCGAGAUUGUGGGCCUUCAUCCCGCGCGUUGGAACCCAGCAUCCCGCGAGAUUAUGGGCCUUCAUCCCGCGCGUUGGAACCCAGCAUCCCGCGAGAUUGUGGGCCUUCAUCCCGCGCGUUGGAACCCAGCAUCCCGCGAGAUUAUGGGCCUUUACCCUCCGAUCGAACCCAACAUCCUGCGAGACUGGGAGCACGGGAAAGGACAGUCUGUGGCGAGACGGAGCUCGCUCCGGGUGCACCAGGUCAAGUGUGGGCGCCGUGUCAGUGCUAUGAACGGGGGCGGGGAGGGCACCUCACUUCUGGAGUGUCGGACCUUCCCGGAGAAGAAUCCGCACAAAGGCAGCAGAGAAACGAAGAUCAGCAGAGGAGAGACCUACAGCAUCCUCUUCAAGCAAGAGCAAGCCCACGAUGACGCCAUCUGGUCGGUGGCCUGGGGGACCAACAAGAAGGAGAACUCGGAGACGGUGGUCACGGGGUCCCUGGACGACCUGGUGAAGGUCUGGAAGUGGCUGGAGUGGCCGCUGCUCCCUCUUCCCACCGCGGUUCACACGGUGCGGCAUCGGGCUCCCUCCCGCUCACCGUCCUUCCCCUUCUCCUCCUGGGCAGUGGACGCCUGGACGCUGGCCUUCUCUCCCGACUCCCAGUACCUGGCCACGGGCACGCACGUGGGGAAGGUGAACAUCUUCGGGGUGGAGAGCGGGAAGAAGGAGUAUUCCCUGGACACGCGCGGGAAGUUCAUCCUCAGCAUCGCCUACGCACCAGGGAAGGGCGCUCGGCCUUGUCCGAGGGCAGGGUCGGGCGGCCGCGGGGGGACGUGAUCCCGGCUCACGCGGUCUGCGGUUCCAGGCCACGCCAUGCCCAUCCGCUCCCUGACCUUCUCCCCGGACUCCCAGCUCCUCGUCACGGCCUCGGACGACGGCUACAUCAAGAUCUACGACGUACAACACGCCAACCUGGCGGGCACCCUGAGCGGCCACGCGUCCUGGGUGCUGAACGUGGCCUUCUGUCCGGACAACACGCACUUCGUCUCCAGCUCAUCGGACAAAAGCGUGAAAGUCUGGGACGUCGGGACGAGGACCUGUGUUCACACCUUCUUCGACCACCAGGACCAGGUCUGGGGAGUGAAAUACAAUGGGAACGGCUCCAAGAUCGUGUCCGUUGGGGACGAUCAGGAAAUUCACGUCUACGACUGCCCCGUCUGACCGUCUUCCCCGAAGGACUGAAUUUCACAUCCCUGCCUUUUAGCUGAAGGCACAGCCUCUGUGCUGGCCGCGCCCUCGCUGUGUAGACACCACAUAAAUAUUUUCACGUUUUAUUGGA